AAAAAAAAAAAAAAACAGGGUUAGAAAGAGACAGGGAGUGUGUUUUUCCAGGCUUACUUUGUACGCACUCACGCAGCUGCUGCCGUCUCGCUUGCACUCGCACACUCUAACCGACACCCACCGCAACCCACGGCCGCAGAGUUGUCACCUACGCAAAAAUCAAUAACGAAAGCAAAUAAAAUAAAAUCCACAUCGACACAUCGAAAACAAGCCAAGGAAAUAUUACUUCCGGUCGAAAAUCAAACAGUGGAAAAAUCAAUUUUAUAUCCUGACAGGUUUUUAGAAAGCUUUUAAAUGGGUUUAUCUCAAGGAAAAGUCUUAGUUUUUCCCUUGAAAAAUCACUUUAAUUUCUCCUAAAAACAUAAAAUCUUCAAAAUUAUUCAUAAAAUUUCCCUAAAAACUCCUUAACUUGUCAUAUUUUUGAUCUCAAAUAAGAGUAACCCUCCCCCUUGUUGUUGUUAUCGAUAUUGCCCCACUCUAAUGCCCCAUUUUGGUAGCACUUUCAAUCGCAGACACCAUUGGCUCUUCUAUCAAGCCCAGCUGCCAAAAGGCCUCUACAAAUUUUCACUUUCUCACAAUUCUGUUUCAACUUUUUUUCUCGCUCAAAAAAAUCAAAAAUUUACCCAAAAUCAAAAAUAUACACUCACACAGACCCACAGCAAGGCAAGAGACCGAUAGAAAGAUACAACAACAACAACAAGCAAGCAAGCAAGCAAACAACAACAACUACAACAAGAAAGUAAGGGAGAAGAAGAAGCGAAUGAUUGAGCCAGAUCUAGGAACCAAACUGAAUCCAAUAACAUAUACCUUUCUGAUCCUUUAAAUAUAUUCUCAAACCAAACAACCAGAGAGCAAGAGAGAGAGAGAGAGACGGCAGCAACAGCGUCUUCAGCUAGGUGAAAGAAAAGUAAAGAAAAAGUCGCAGGAAUAGAGAAAAAUCUCAAUCCAAACCCAAAACUCUGACAUCUCAAAAACAUCUCUCAGAUAGCGACGCCCAUCCGAUGAGCCGAGAACCCAGAACCGUAACCUGAUAACCGAUAAGCCAGUAACGAAUCAAUAGCCUGGACAGAUAUCUGGAGAUUUUUGGAGCACCUCAAUCUCAAGCAGUCUCAACAGCAUCAACCCUCAAACCAAUUUGUAUCUAUAACUCUUUUUUUUGGCCCAAUUGACACCAAAAACAAACAAACAAACAAAAAAACCAACCACAAACCACUAAUGUAACUUUUUUUGAAGCCCACAAAAAGGACGAGUUUGAUUAAAAAAAAAAAAACAGCAACCAAGUUUCGAGUAAAGAAAAGUUUAAAUUAAACAAACCAAAAUAAAACGUAAAAGACAGUUGCGAAAAACCCGUGAAAAAUCAAAAUAAGAAAUGCAAACGCGACUUUAAUACAAAAACCCACGGACAAACGCUUGCUAAACGCUUUUUUUCCCCGGUUCAGCAGAGGUCAGAGCAAAAGUUUCGACUCGGCAAAAAGAAAUUACCAAAAAAAACAUAAAAAACAAAAAUUAUAAAUAUAAAUUUAUCUAAAAGCUAUAAUCCGUCAAGGACGUGAGUCAAUCAAUCGAUUAAUUAUUUGAACGCGCUAAAUUCAAAAAGUCAUCAUUCCACACGUAACAAGAGUUAAAGCAGGAGUUUAAAAAGAAGACAAGCUAAAAAAAAUACAAAAUAUCGAAAAAAGGAUAUAUCUAAAGAUCAAUCUCGAAAGCAACGAUUCGCGUUUUCGAAAUUAUAAUUACAAAUUCUAAAGUGUUCGAUUGCAUCGAUUUUUGCCAAUAACUUCGGUUUCAGUCCGGCUAAGUCAGUAAGCUAAUCUCCCUGAGAUAUAUAGAAUAUAUAUAUAUAUAUCCGAUCGACUUACCAACCCCGAAGGUAAACCCUAAAAAACACACGCACACCCAACCAAAAAGCACAGAGAAAAAAAAGAGCUACCGAAAAAAUGGCAUCCGAACUAGAUCAAUUCGCCGACCUGGAACUUUCAAAGGAGGAUCGUGAACAGAUCUUCGAUCCGCCACUGGAUCGACAGCAGUUGGAAGGUGCUGGCACCUCAAGUGUUACGACAUCAAAAAUCUUAAUAAGCGGCAUACCGAUGCAAACACGUUUCGAAGACAUCGAACCGCUACUGAAGCCCUAUGGCAUCGUCAAACAGUGUGAGGCUAUUUCUAGUAAGGAUCAAAAUACUCAAACAGUACAUAUAACAUUCGAAAAUCCUGAGCAGGCGCAAAGAGCUGCUGGUGGUCUAAACGGUGUCGAGUUCGAGGGCAGCAAGUUGCAUGCCGAGCAGCUGGACAAGAACCAGCGGCGUAGCCAGCGUAAUCAGCGCAAUCCGUAUCCGGGAAUGCCCGGUCCCGGACGCCAGGCUGACUUCCCGCUGCGCAUACUUGUCCAGAGCGAGAUGGUGGGUGCCAUAAUUGGUCGCCAGGGCAGCACCAUUAGGACGAUCACACAACAGAGCCGUGCUCGUGUCGAUGUCCAUCGCAAGGAGAACGUUGGCUCCCUGGAGAAAUCGAUAACGAUCUAUGGCAAUCCAGAGAAUUGCACCAAUGCCUGCAAGCGUAUCCUGGAGGUGAUGCAGCAGGAGGCCCUCUCCACGAAUAAGGGUGAAAUUUGCCUUAAAAUACUCGCCCACAACAAUCUAAUUGGACGGAUCAUUGGCAAGUCGGGCAAUACCAUUAAACGGAUCAUGCAGGACACCGAUACGAAGAUCACCGUCAGCUCGAUCAACGACAUCAACAGCUUCAAUUUGGAACGUAUCAUAACGGUGAAGGGAUUAAUUGAGAACAUGUCGCGUGCUGAGAAUCAAAUAAGCACCAAACUGCGCCAGAGCUACGAGAAUGACCUGCAGGCGAUGGCGCCGCAGAGUCUCAUGUUUCCCGGUCUCCAUCCAAUGGCAAUGAUGUCGACACCGGGCAACGGCAUGGUCUUCAAUACGAGCAUGCCGUUCCCCUCGUGUCAAAGCUUUGCCAUGUCCAAGACACCGGCAAGUGUGGUGCCACCGGUCUUUCCCAAUGACCUGCAGGAGACAACCUAUCUCUAUAUACCGAAUAAUGCUGUCGGCGCCAUUAUUGGUACCAAGGGUUCGCACAUUCGUAGCAUAAUGCGAUUCUCGAACGCCUCCCUUAAAAUUGCCCCCCUCGACGCCGACAAGCCGCUGGACCAACAAACGGAGCGCAAGGUAACGAUUGUUGGCACACCGGAGGGUCAGUGGAAGGCGCAGUACAUGAUCUUUGAGAAGAUGCGCGAGGAGGGCUUUAUGUGUGGAACAGACGAUGUCCGUCUCACGGUUGAAUUGCUUGUGGCAAGCUCUCAGGUGGGCCGCAUUAUUGGCAAGGGUGGCCAGAAUGUGCGCGAAUUGCAGCGCGUGACGGGCAGUGUGAUCAAGCUGCCAGAACAUGCCCUUGCACCGCCUUCCGGGGGCGAUGAGGAGACUCCAGUGCACAUCAUUGGGCCAUUCUACAGUGUACAGUCUGCACAGCGACGCAUCCGAGCCAUGAUGCUAUCAACAAAUCCGCCACCAAUAACCAAAAAACAAAAAGCUGCCAAAGAACAAUUGCAACAACAGCAACAGAGCCUAGCCGGAGCUGCGACCAGCGGGUCCCAGCAGCAGCAACAGCAGCAGCCACAGUCGCCAUCGCAACAGCAGGCGCUGCCGCCGCAAUUGCAUCAUCAGCCUGUGUCAUCGGCGUCGUCAUCGUCGACGCCGCCUGCACACCAUCAGCAGCAGGCGUCGACGGCAGCGACCACACACCAGUUGCAACAACAACAACAACAACAGCAGCAGCCAUCGCCGCCGCCUGGCAAUGCAAAUGCGGCCGCAGCCCAGCAGCAGCAACAGCAGCUGGCGAGCUCACAACAGUAAGGAGGAGCAACUACCGAUGGAGGAGAGACGGCGCCGCAGCAGCAACAACAUAGGCAACAUCAACAGCAGCAGCAGCAGCAGCAAGAGCAACAGCAACAGCGACAGCGCCAACAAUAGCCAAGGCAGGGUUUUCUACUGUUGAUACUACCUCCAACAUACAACACACCCAUAAUCUAUCCCACACACCGCAACCCAACAAGAACAACAUCAACCAACCAACCAACCUACCACCACCCACAAUUUACAACCCUAUAAUUACAAGCUAACCGUAGGCGCCACCUUUGUGCUGGCACAGGCGACGGCAAAAGUAAGCAAACAUACCUGGAGCAGUAACAUAAACAAAAAUAAGAAACAAAAUCAUAUACCUAUAAAGAAAUAUAUAUAUAUAUAUAUAAAGGGGCAACAUACACAUACAGAGACACAGUGAGCCGCGUGAAGAAGCUCUACUAGUUUAUAACAGUGUAUUGCAACUUUAACGAAGAAGAAUUAACACCCAACAGUAGUUACACAGCAAUAAUAACAAUCUUAAUAACCAACAACAUUCUUCAUUUGCAUACUAAGAAAUAAAGAGAAAAUGUUAAAUAGAAAGCAGCAGCGCUAUGUUGAAAUCCAACCCCCCCCCAUCCGCCCCCUUUAAACUUUGUGUUGUUGUUCUGUUAGGUGUCAAAUCAGUUUUUGUGUGUCAGCUGAGCGUACGGCUUGGCCCGGCCCAAAUAGUUUUCGUUUUCUCAAAGCGCAGUAAAUCUUGAAAUAUUCAUAAAGUUCUUAAAAGUCAAAUAAUAUUCCCCACAACAACAACAACAACAACACAAAGGAGGGAGUUUAAGUAACUAAAGUGAAAACCCCCUAAAACAAAUCUAAUCCAAAACACACAAAUUUGAAUGCAAGAAAAAUGGAAAUUAAUGGAUAAAAAGAUGAAGAGGAAAGUUUAGUAGUGUAUGCGUUAUAUUUUUUUUAAAUAUAUUUAACUAUAAAGCGUUUAUUUUUAAUUAUUUUUUUUUAAACAAAGAUUUAGUAAGCCUAUAUUUAAGUGAAAAGAUAAAUAGAAGAAGGAGAAUGAGAAUGAGAAGAAGAAGUGAGCAAAGCGCAAGAGAAUGAGAUUGAGAAUCAAGAGAAGGACAAACAUAUGUUUGAACCCAAAAAUAACAACAACAAAUUGUAACCAAGAAAUAUCAAAAAAGAGAAAAACAAAAAUACAGACAAGGAAAAUCAGAAAACUCAAAACGCGUCAUUGUCAGAGAACACAAAAAUAUAACAAUUUUGAGCCCAAAACAACUACAACAACAACAACAAAAACAUCCAAAACAACAACAAGAACAACAAAUGAUGAAGAAAGUUUCCAACAAGCAUACAUUUCCGGGUUAUAAAAACAUGUAUAACAGUUGAUGCAACUGUUGGCGCCCCCUGACGUAUGUUAUACGUAGUAUAACAGAUUUCAAAACCCAAAAACCACCAAAAAGAAACUACAACAACUUAUCUAUAUGUAUACAAAUAUCGUUAAGAGAGAGAGCUAUACGGAUGGAUCAGAGUGUGUAAAUUGGGACUCUAUUGAUUAGAUAGAUAGGAAGGGAUGUGGAUGCAACGAGAGCGCAGCGAGAGCGUUAUGUGCAGAUAUGCUUUACUGUACUGUACAGUUGUAAAAUAGUUUUUUUCGAUGCCUGAAAAGUUGUUUGUACGGAUGAAAGGAUGGAAAUACGGAACUCGGAAGCCAGUCAUUUUUUUUGCAAACGAAAAUGAAGAGUUGUACAAGAAUUGUUGAAUUAUACUUAGUAGGUGCGAAGAAGGAGAGGAAACAAAUAGAUGAUGAUAAACAAGAAGAAUGAAAGUAGAGGAGAGAAGAGAAGAGAGUAUAGGGAACGCUACAGCAAAUGCAAGAGCGAGAGAUAGUGUUAAAGAAACUAUUGUAAUGUGUUUGCCUUGAAAUGAAAACAAAACCUAUAAAAACUUAAAAACUUAAAACCUAAAAAAACUAAAAACCUAACUAGAAAUGAAAUAACGGUGCUGAAAUGUUAAUUUUUUUUAAUCGAUCGUUAACGUUAAGUGUUACGUUAUAACGUUUGAGCGUGUAUGAGAGACAAGCUGUUAUACAUGGAUGGGACACUGCACUACAUAUAUACACAUCCCCAAAAAAACACACACAUGAAAACGAACAUAAACCCAAGCCAAUCCAACCGAAUCCAAAUCAAACUCUAAUUCAUAGCCACAAAGCAAUCAAAAUAUAACAAACCGAAGAAUGCAUUUCGUAGAGAUGAUAAAAGUAGUAGAGUAAAGCAGACAAUAUAUAGAAUAUAUAUAUAUGAUAGCCAUAAACCAUAUGACCAAACACCAUAGCUAGAGGCCGCAAUCCAAGUAACUGAAUCGGAGCAACAAACAAUCAAACUACAAUCUACUAUAUCUAACUACACACCAGCCAAAAAAAAAGAAAAAAACAAGCAACCAACAAUAUAGCAAUAGCCCAAUUUUGUGUUGUUUUUUUUUAAACUAUUAUCUAUUAACUAUUAACUAACCUUUUUUUUUUUUGUAACGUAAAUAUUUAACUAAUUGAUAUAGAUUCCAUAGAGUUAAUGUUACGAGAUAGUUGGACCAAAAUCCAAGACCCAAACCCCUGCGAUCCACCACAACCCUUUUGUUUGUAUAACACUUGCUUCGGAGGCAGACAGUUCCAAGACACCACACAUGAGAAAACCUAAGCAAAUUCAACAUUUCGGCAAAGUAAACAGCAAAUAUUAUAAAAAAAAAAAAAAAAUUACAACAUUUCGGUCAAACAACAAAAUGAGAAGAAGUUAAAGGAAAUGAAACUUUUGAGCGGCACAUUAUUUUGGAUGAAAAUAACAUUUGAACAAAAUUGUUUGGACAAAAAACUCAAAGCAAGCAAGAAGCGUGUACAAGCUUUAGGACAGACCAGUUUUUUCGAAAUAUCAUUCACACUUUCUUUGUCCUUUUCGAAGAAGAAACAAACGAAAUCAAAGCAGAAGUAGAAACUGAAACAGAAGCAGAAGCAGAAAAGAUGAUGAAAUUUGAAGAAGAUUGAAAAAGUAAUUAAAAUACCUCAAUGUAAGUGCAUUAUCUUCUACAAAAUGAAAACAAACAAAAAAAAAAAAAAAGAAAUCAAAUAACAAAACUAAAAACAGACUUGCGAAGCGUUAAAAUGGAUAUAAAAAGCUAAAACAUCCUUAAGAAUGAGAAAGAAAAAAGGAAUGAAAAACACAAGCCCUAAAAUUUAAAUGUAGAUUUUAAGCAAACAAUUAACAAGAACUAUUAAUGAAAAAAAAAACGAAUCUAAACAGAAAACCAGAAUCAGAAUCAGAAACAGAAACAGAAUCAGAAACAAACAUUGGAGAAGGCAUAUCACCAGGUCACUAAAUCACUAAGAAAAACCUAAAAGAACCUUCUAAAAAAAACAAAGACAAAA